GCCUAUCGCGAGGGACUCAGAGCAAUAUCAGUCUAAUGUACAAUAUCAGGCGCAAAUGUUACGCUUCAAGCAGCUGGAAUUUCUAGUUGCUAUUUAUCCCACUCUUAAGGCGCCAUUAUGGUAUUUUUAUAUAAUGAGGGCGAUAUCUGAAGAUGCACGAACAUGGAAUCCUUUGAAUUGUAGGCUUCUCAUUUACAUGACUGUGCUCUAGGCCGUUGUUUUCUACAUUUGUUUUUUUUAGUUUCGACUGUUGGCUAUAGCUACAAAAAAUCAAUAAAUUUUCAAAUUUUGUUUAACUGGUUUUUAAUUUUGUUUUAGAUAUUUCCUUUUAAUGGUUAAUGACCAAUUCCAGAGUGAAUCUUCUUAUUUACGCAAGGAAGCGUAUCUACCAGGUCAUGGAUAUACUCCCAGUCUACCUUUACAGAUGUCUUUGUAUUUCAAUAUCUUCUUUCUUCCUGUUUGGCUUAUUACACUCAUCGUCAUACUGCCGGUGAAGUACGAGUGCCUUAGCGACAUUUAUCGCUUCAUCACGGUCACCGUUGUUGUGGCUGUGAUUGUGGUUGAAUGCUUACGUCUGUACUUGGGUUACCUCGGAAAUGUCUCGGAACAGACACCGGAGCUGGCGGGCUUCUGGCUGCUGUCGUUGCUGCUGCAGCUGCCCUUGCAGCUGUUCCUGACACUGAACCAGCGCACUGCGCCACAGCUGGUGGAGGUGGCUGUGCAGCUGGUCAUGUUGGCACUGCUCCUUGUGCAGCUGGUCACAGGGUUGGCGGCCCUGGGCCGGGCUGGCGGCACGAGCCGCUACUGAGCACGCCCACACAUUACCAACUGUAAAAAUAUUUAUUUUUAGUUUGACCGUCAGAAGUGUAGUGAUCUAUCUUGGAUCAAAAUAUCAAGUUUUUUAAGAACUAGAAUGUUUGUCAUGUUUUCUCGCAGGCCAAUGAACUAGAACAAUGUGACUGUGCAAAAAUCUUUGUGUGUGUGUGUGUGUGUGUGUGUGUGGGGGGGGGGGGGGGGUUAGCUACGGCCUACGAGCCCUAACCUGUGAUCUUGUCAAUAUUUACUCUAAUGACAAUAUCAGCAUAUAAGCAGUUAUGAAAAUCAUGUGGUGAAAGUAGCUAUUUGUGUACAGACACUUGCUCAGUAUUGCAUGAAGGUUGUUGACUAGGCCUGUGUGAAUAUCAGUUUUUUAAUUUGAAUUAAAUAUGAAUAUAAAAUUAUUCUCGAAUACAAAUAUCAUCUUCGUAUAUUAAGAAUUGGAAUCCCACCAAUUUUUGUUUUAACAUAAAAUCAAUACAUAUUGAAAGAAAAAGUAAAAGUGUAGUGUAGGGCUUCUGGGGAAUUAUAUAAACUGCUGCCUUGAUAACAAACUUAAUAUUUAAAAAAUACUAAAGCUGGACUGCAAAAUUAUUAAUAAAAAAUACAAAUUGGCAUUAACAAAGCAAAUGAAUUAAAAACAUUCAGAAUAAAGAUAAAACAUUGGAGUAAAAAUUAUUCAUAUUUAGAAAGUAACAAUAAAAAAAUGUAAACAAUUCAGAUCAUUAAAAUAAUUAUAUAUGGGCAUUGGGCACUCUAAUGUUGAUAUAAAUGGUAAAGUUAGUGUUCAAUUAGAGCAUCGUAGGCUCUAUUCCUACAUCUCCCCCUUCCCACAAAUGGUUCAGUCCUAGCUGAGAUCUAAUAGAUAAUUAGAGUAAUAUUUAUGCAUUUAUGGUAAUACAUCACUAUCAUUUGUUAAGAGACCUAUUCUUUUAUUUACUUGAUGAAUUGGUAAUUGCCAGUAAUGAGUUUUAAAUAUGGUAAUCUAAUCAGUAUUCAGUGAAAUUAUUGUAUGUGGUGUAUAACUCCCCCAAGUGUAACUCAUCAAUAAAGGCUUACAGCUCCAGUGACGAGUGUGCACAUCAUCCUAGAAGCCUGCAGUAUAGGCAACCAGCCAUAGAAAAAGUAUUCCAUGUAUAAAAAAUUGUGGUCAUGGCCGGAAGCCGGAAUGUGGCGACAGGCUUGUCGGUCAGCAAACAAUAUUCUUGGCCCUAUUAACAGCUGCCCUCGUGGGUAUAAAAAAACCCUGUCCACAGCACACGACAGCAAACAAUCGUCGCCAAAGCUCGAGCCCACUGCCACCUUAAGUCGUUACGUUGCUCAACACAGGACUACGCACUAUGGAAUAAGGGUAUGAUGACUCUACUUGGUUAUUAUUUGGAAUAAUUUUGAAGAAUCACAGUAAACUGAUGAACUUUUCUGUUCGCAAGUUUUUUGUUUGCUUGCUAUUUACAUAUUGCUUCUCUGGCGGUUAUUUUAAUAAGCGAAAUUAGUGAAUGAUUAUUUUAUUUUCUGGUUAAUUCGUUUAAUAAAUACCCCAUCCCUGGAAAAGUCCAAUAAUGUGCACCACAUGUUUUAUAUGAGUGUCUUGUCAUACUGUCCUUAUCACAAUUGUGUGGUUCUAGUUGAUUGAACCAGAAUAAAUUAAUAAAUAACAUGAGUAAGACUUGUUUAACUAUAUUUUACUUAGGUGAUAGGUAAAUUUCCCUAAUAAAGAACUAUCAGUAUCAGUAUCCACUACCUAACUGAAUACAUAAAACCAACUGUAAACAUAACAUCAAUAAACAAUACGGAAACUAUCUUUGGUCUACCAUCUGGCGAUCUUGGGUUCGGUCCAGCGGGUGAUCCUGUCAAGUUCAGUAGCGUAUCAACUAGAUGGCGCUGCAGCGCAUCAACUUCUAUCUUACACUGGCAAAACCAUAUCUACCGGGUUCUGCUAAUUAGCUAUAAAAUGCUCCAAUCAGGCUUUAAAGCAGAAAAAUUUGAUUGCCACACUAAAAUGACUUGCUGCAAAAAUUUUUUGUAGAUAUCAAAAACAUUUUCCAAUACAAAGUCAGUAAUUGUAGCCAACUUUUUUCCAAGUGAGAUGCACCAACUUGUAAAAAAAAAAUUUUUCACUCAUCCAGUAUUUUUUUGUGUAUUUCAAUUUUUCGUCAUACUGAGUGCAUGCACUAUUUGACUAACUCGACAAAUUAUUUAACACGUAAAUGGGAACCAGUUGUGACAUGGAGGUUACAGUUAUUUAAAACAUAGAAUGAAAGUAAAGUAUGGGGAAGUUUAUCACACUGAACACUGGUCAGAAACCAAUGCAGUUUUUCACCUUUGCUGGUUGACUGUGACACCGGCAGGGUGUAAAACACUUAAAUCAAUUAAUUGCCAGCAACAGUUUGUUGUUUAACAUGUGUUUAAUAUCUUUAAAAUUUUAAACAGGGGUGCAUGUUGUACCGUUACGGUGCAUAAUUAUCUUACAAAUUGUGCAUGUGAUUCAUUUAAUUAUUUUUUUUUACUCCAUGGUUGCGAUCAAAGACAACUAUGUCUAUAUGUACGUACAUUAUUCUUUGGAAACGUUUGUUUAUGAGAGAGGUGGUUGCUAAGGGCACUAAAAGAAAAUGUAUGUAAUAAAUGCCGAGAAGAUUGAAAAAAACAUUACUAAUCCUAUCUGUUGGGAAAUACUCAAGGAAUUGUCGUAGAGUUGAUUUAAGAAACAAUGUUCGUAUUGUAAGUUCAUCCUGCUGAUGUGGUAUGUGUACUUUAAUACAUUUUUUUUUAGUGUUCUACAAGAUUUAAUAAUUAUAUUCUUAUAAGUAACAGGCUAAAGUGAAAUCGGUGAUAAUUUUAACAAGAAGAACUGACAAUUAAAUAUAAUUUAAAAUAAAACAAAUAUUUUCUGGAUGAUAUGUUUUCUGAUGAAAGAAGUAAAGUCAUUUUCGGCCCCAGAAGUCUCGUCAGAAAGAACUCAAGAAAUGCUACCCUGAGAUUAAACUAUAGCCGAGGAAUUAGAAUAGAUUUACCGUAAAAGAAAUAAUUAAAAUUGAUAGGUGUCAUAAUUAAACAUACACAUCAUAACUAAAUAUUCAUUAUAUUUAAGAACACUUGAGUGUUAUGUGUCCGACCUAAUCCGUGUACAUCAUCAAAACUCAGUCUGGUACAGGGUAGAUCCUAUAAAUUAUAUAUUGUAGUGAUACAAUAAUGGUAAUUUAAAUAUUAGCUUUCCUACCUAGUGUAAACAUACUAAUAAUUCUUGAAUUUGUAUUUAUUAUUUUAUUAUAAAAUUUGUCUACGGAUCUGGAUACAUAACAGUGUGAUGAAUAUACGCAAGAAACAUAUACGCACAAUGUUGUUACAAGGCUGCCAGAAGUGAGGCCUGGUCAAGACCAGCGCACAGGCCAGGCAGAUUCCUAGGAACCCCCUUUUCCCUCUGAAGACAUGGCAUUGGUGUUUGCCCCUCCCCUGCAUGAAUCCGAUUGGCGUUUCUAAGGAGUCCCAGCUCCUCUCCGUUUCUCUGGAGGAUUCUGCGGGUCCCCAGAGCCCACUGCGUGGAGUGGCAUAACUAGUACGUCAUUGUUCUGGGAGCUUCGGGUGUCAAGUAGACCCUGAUGAUGUGACACUUCAAAGGGGGCUGAAGGGUAUAAAAAUGGCGACGCCAGUCUCAGAGGAGUGAAGUGGGUGAGUGACCCUUUGGUGAGCGAUUGCGGAUGAUGAGCGAUGAGCUUUGUGCGUGGAAAAUGGUGCAUCAAGACUGUGUUGUGUGUGACGAACGAGCGAGUAGUGUGAGGCAGUGUUUUCGGGACAGAGGUGCGGGUAAGAUACAAGCAAUACGGCCAGCCACUGUCGAAUCAAGAUCUUAGUGAGAAGAGGAAACUGUGGACCGACUAAAUGAAAGAUUGAAUAAUUUGUUGGCAGACAUUGUAAUUGUUGUAAUUUAACUUAUAAUGUAAAUAGUAAUUAAUAAACAAAACUGUAUUUAA